AUGUCUGUGCAGGCUUCUACCAGAUCUUCCGACAAGGUGGAAAUUUUGUCAGACGAGCAGAUCCAGUCCCUUCUCCUGGAGGCAGAGACACGGCUUCGUUCUGCCUCCCAGGCGAAUUCCAUUCACCCUCGUUCGGACGAUUCUGUAGCUUCAUCUAGUUCAUUGCGCCUUCCCGCGCUUGAUUUCACUCAAACCGUCCAGCCCUACAUUCGUGAAAAAGACAAUGUUGCUGCCUUCGACGAGUCUCGAGCUGUGACAGGUGAGCAGAAAAAGCUUUCGGAAACCAUCCGCUCAGUUCCUCAAGUUCCUGAUCCCAAGUACAAAAAGGAGAAACCAACCGCAGGAUCAGACUGGUUUAAUUUACCCAAAACAAAUCUCACCCCAGAAUUGAAAAAGGAUCUCCAGCUUCUCCGUAUGAGACCAGUGCUCGAUCCACACCGGCACUACAAGAAAGACAAUAGCAAAGCGAAAGCUCCCGAGUUCUCCCAGGUUGGUACCAUAGUUGAGGGCCCUACCGAAUUCUUCAGCGCUCGCAUUCCCAAGAAAGAACGCAAGCGGAAUUUCGUGGAAGAAGCGAUGGCUACCGAGAAGGAGAACGGUCAUUUCCGCCGGAAAUAUGAAGAUAUCCAGUCCGCAAAGACGAGCGGCAAGAAGGUUUACUACAAAGCUGUCAAGGCGAAGAGGUCGAGAAGCAGCAAGUUUGGUUGA